UCUCUCGGAACCUCGGAAGAAGAAGAAGGGUAGGAGGAAACUUUAAAUCAAAAUAAACAAACAGUUGCUGUUGCUGACCCGAGUCCGAAGUCGUCGUUAACAACUGUUCACAGACACACCAGAGUUACCGAGGACCUAUUUUUUCAGCAAUGUGGAGCGUUUAUAGUGAAUUAUGUCAGGCAGAGGACAAAGUUCGCUGCGGUUGAGCGCCAACGAACUUGAGAAUGCCCUGCGCGAAGAGAGGCAGAAAUGGAGGGUAUUCAGAUUGCAACAGGUGCGAGAACAGGCAAGGUUCGAAGCCAGCCGUGUCCGGGGUGCUGUUCAACGAAGGAAGGAGGCAGUGGUUCAGAACUUACAGACAGAGCUGCUUGAGAAGUGGCAGGGCAACAAAGAAAAUGAGGUUCAACAAUUGCAGAGGGAAUAUGAUGAUUGCCUUGAGGCCUUUGGAAAAGCUCAUAAUCAUGCAAAGGAACAGCCUGAUGCUGCAGAGCUGCUGGCUGAAAACAUGGCGAUCAACAGAGAGAAAGCAGCCAAACGUGGACAUGAAGCAGCUAGAGCAGAGAGAGAAUUCAUUGCUGAAAAGGACAGAGAUAAGAAUCGAAUCAAUCAGCUGAGGGAGUCCGCCAUUAGAAAGGAGAGGUUAAGAGCAAGCCGCGUUGCACAACUUCCGAUACCAAAGGCUUUUGUCAAGCAAAAAGAACCUGUGCCUAAACCAGUACCUAAAGUUCAGAUGUAUGAACAUGGUACACUCACCACUACCAGUUAUGUGCCCAAGAAUAUUGUUAUCGAAAAAGAGUUAAAGUCUACAAAACCCAGUGCACACCAAUUAGCUGAGAUGGAAGAAAAUGCAUUGAGAGCUGCAAAGGAAGCUGAAACGAACAAAAAGGAGGUCACUAAAAAGGAAAGGGAAAAGAGGGGAAAAACUGCUCUGUACAAAGAACGCCUGCACCAGAAGUAUCGUAGUAUGUUGGAACAGCUUGAUCAAGCACACCGGGACCAUUAUCUAUCAGGAUUUUUGAAAGGAGAUGAUCAAAGUAUUAUUGAGACAGAGGAUGCCAGAAAAAAGGCUAGGCUCUCCCAGCAAAAGGCAUUGGAAAUGGCUGUAGAAAAAAUUUUGAAUGAGAAGUUGCCUGGGGGAAGAGAAGAUGAAGUAGGAGUCAGCACAACACAAGAUGGAUCUGACUUGAAAGAAACUUCAGAUGAUUCGGGGCUUCAUGACAGAUCAGAAGUACAUAGCAGCAAUCAACAGGGUCCAAGAGAAUUACAGGAUGAAAUUAGAAAACAUAGGCUUAUAGUAAAUAAUGUUCUUAAUGACCUUCAUAGCUCCCCAAGAGAGAAAGGAGUACAAGGGAAUGGUAGACCUACUGAUGACUCAGGAAUUGCAGUGCAUGAUAAAACAGUAGUGUCUCAAGGAAUUAGGAGUGAGAGUAGUGUUUCAUCACAGGCAGAACCAAUGCCUGAAGAUAUAAUGCCUGUUGAGUCAGAUGGUAAAGCAGCCGGUGGAGGAACUGUUUUAGAACAGGAUCAUGUUCAGAGGCAUCCUUCUUCUUCCACUGUAAUGCCUGUGGAUCGUAGAGGACCAGCUAUGGAUCAUAGAAUACCACCUAUGGAUCAGAGAGUACCACCUAUGGAUCAGAGAGUACCACCUGUGGAUCAUAGAGUACCACCUGUGGAUCACAGACUUCCAUCAUCACACAGAAUCCCACAUUUGGAUCACAGAUUACCUUCUGUAGAUCACAAGAAGUUACCUAAAGAAUUUGGACAUGAUCAGGCUAAUGAUAUUCAUUUUAAGGAAACUGUGCCCGCACAUUUGAUGCCAGAAAAGUUUGAGUAUAGGAGGAGAGAGAUUCCAGAAUCCGACACUUUAUCCAGUCAACCUUCUUCAGAGGGAACAUUGUUGCCUGGAAGUUCAAGUGACAUUAAUGUCAAAAUUCAUUUUAGCAGUGACAGCAAUAGUGGUGAGUUUACUGAAGUACCCCCAGACAGACGUUUCAGACAGACGAUAGUUCAUCAUGCAGAAUCGGCAAGAAAAUAUCCUGACCAUCUGCAUUCAUCAGGUCAAAGUACUAGUACCGAAUAUUUCAGUCUUCCUUCAUGCAUUCCACCACCAAGAUUCGAAGAGGCUUACAAUCAUAAUUUAGAAAGGAUUCAACAGAAACGACAAGAUAUUCAAAGGCUUCUUGAUGGAAGAGAAUGUGGAAGACUUCCUGACACUGUAACACCAGUUACUUACAUGCAGGAGAUGGGAUCAGGGGAAGGUAGUGGACGAAGGCCUCUAAGAAAAAGAGAUAAAUUUGAGUUGAGAAAACGAGAAUUGCUGCAUCACUAUGUAAGGAAGUUGCUUGGUUUAAGAGAAGAUGAACUUAUGCAAAUAUCAGCUUCUUCUGUUGAAGGUUCAGGGCUUACUGUCAGUACAUUACAAACGUUACUGCAGUCAUUGUGUACAAGUGAUGAAGACACUGAUUUUAGUUCAUUAGUGCAUUUGACAAAUUCAGGCUCUUCUGAGGUGCCAUCCUCGCCUCUUUAUCCUGACAUUGAUCAGAUUCCAACUAAGUUAACCAGAUCUCCAGGAAUAGUAACACAUUGUAGUUUGUUACCAAACAUUCCUAGUGUAAAUCACAGUGCACCUAAGAUUCCUAUGAAUGAUAUUGAGCGUACUUCUAUUACCUCAUCUCCAUAUAUUAUUGAAAGUACUAAUAGUAGUUCAAGCCCGUAUAUUACCAUAGUAAAUACUCCAUUACCUACCCAUGAUGUUGAACACGAACCAGAAACCAGUGUUUCAAGCCCAGAAGCUCUUUAUACACCCUCAAGGCUACAGACAUCUGAAAUUGAAUUGUCUGAGUCACCAUUAUCCACAGAAGUGUCAAGUGCGGCAGAAGUGACCACUAGUGACACACAAUUUGAAGUAAACUAUCAGUGGGAGUCGAGGGUUCUUCUUAAUCUUCAGGCAAUUCAAAAAUUAAAACAAGAACUGCUAUUGAGGAAGAGCAACCUGAUGAAAGAAGCUAAAGAGCUUGAAGUAAUGGAGAGUGAGUCAGUUGCACCACCUGCACCAAUUCGUAUACUACCUGAGCGAACUGCAGAUGAAUCUUUAAAUCCAAGUCAAAGUAAUCAAAGGGGAUUGAAGCUAGAUAGAAAUCUGCUGUUAGGAGAUACAUUGAGAAAAGGUUUUACACCAGACAAAUAUCAGAUGCAGCCACCAAACAUAUCUCAAAAACCAGAUUUCCAUACCACUCGGUUGCCAACCUUACCUCCAUGUCGAGGUCAUGUAGAGGAUUUGAUGAGUGAUUCGGAGGAAUCGGCGAGUAAUUUUGUUCUGCUGAAUCCUGAAGGAACUGUUGGCUCAACUGGCACAUUUACAGGACCCAUCCAUUAUCUGGAGACUAAAAGGAAGCCAGCCAGAAUUGUAGGUGGAACCACAUUCAGGUCCUUAACUCCAGAAGAAACCUUGAAAUCAGAACUGUCAGACUUUACAAAGACAUCAUCAGUAUCGUCGUCAUUAUCCCAAGGAAGUGUACAUACUUCAACUUCAGAACUGAGGAAAACUGAUGACCUUACUAAGCCUGAAAAGUCUGUAUCAGCAGAAGAUCAAAAGGUUGAUGUUUCAGACCAAAAAAAUAAAGCAAGCAAUGAUAUGGUUCAGCCAACAUAUUCACUGGAGCAACACAGAGUAGUUUUUGAAACACCAAGUUUGCCUAAAAAUAGCACUUUGGUCCCAGAAUUGCCGGAUGGAAGCAGCAGCAAUGACCAAAGGAUACAAAUGGAGGAGCAUCAUGGUUCUAAAGGAAAUUCAAGCCAAUCAUCAUCUAGUCCAGUUCGAUCAAGGAAAAAUUCAAGUGAAUCCAUUACCUCAAUCCCUGAUAUGGCAGAAAUACUUCAGAGAUUUGGCUUAGACUGGGCAAAGAAUGUGAUUCAUAAGACUGAUAAAACUGGGGAGGAUUCAUCAUCUGGUCAAAAGAAGUGAGUGCAAUCUAAGGUCACCUGAAAAGAGAAGGCUGAAAAUUUAGUUUAUUAAUUUUUACAAGAAAGUGAUAUUUAUUCGAAGUACGUACACUGUAUCUCGUCUGUGAUUGCAAGAUGAGUGGAUAGCAC